CCAAGCCGUCCUCCAUUUUGAAUUUUCUUUUWUUCUGUUGUCUGACUUUCCCCAUCUUUCCCUUAAUAUUUUUCAUCUUUCCUUCCUUAAUAAUCCGUAAAGAUGGACGCAGAAGAGACUGCUAUUAUAGAAGAAUACGGUUCUUCUUUAGAAGACCUAACUUUCAACUCCAAACCUCUGAUAAAUGUGUUAACAAUGUUAGCCGAGGAGAAUAGCAAGUUUGCCUCAAGUAUUACAAAACUCAUCGAGGAACGCAUUUAUAAGGUUCCACAACAACACAAACUCCCCUCUCUGUAUCUUUUGGAUUCCAUUAUAAAGAACGUUGGUGGUGAUUAUCUAAAUUUGAUAGCACAAGUACUUGUGAAAGUAUUUGUUGCUGUCUUUGAAAAGGGGGAUGAAAAAGUGAGGAAAGACUUAUACAAGUUACGGCACACCUGGCCUCAGUAUUUUCCUGCUAAAGUACUACAUGAAGUUGAUGUUAACAUAAAUCAGAUAGAUAAUGGGUGGCCUAUCACUGCUAUUCCACCUCCAUCACCAUCAAUCCAUGUCAAUCCAAAGUUUCUCAAAAAGGCAGAAGUAAGUGUUCCACAAGAUUCUGUACCAGAAAUAGUCAUAGAUGAUAAUGAAAAAGUAAUACUACUGGAACAGCAAAAGAGAUUACAAGAGCUUCAGCGAUUACAGGAGGAACAGCUUCGCCUCACUGAACAAGAAAUACAAGAACACCAGAUGAAAAGAGAUUUGAUUCUGAAAAAACAGGAACAAGAAAGAAAAGCCUUUAUAACUCAACAACAGCAGUUACUAUUGACAUUAAGACUGGGAAAUAAUGUUGGAGAAACAGAAGAGAUUAGCAUGCCAAAGUCUUCAAGUAGCACUGGAAUUCAACCUGUCCUAACUAAAGCUGAAACCACACAAUCCAGUCAAGCCACAACCAUCAAUAGAGAUCCAAGGCUACGGCAUAAAGAUCAGACUCCUUCACAUAAUAAUAAUAACAAACCACAACAAUCGAGACCAAAUUUUAGAAAUGAACRUAAUGUGGACAAGUCCAAGCCUGCUGAACCUGUACACAAGGAAAUAGACAUCUAUAGAGGUGCAGGAAGAGGUCGUGAUCAGAGAAUUAAUCGGUCAAGUGAAGAACCUCAUGGGAUUAAGAGAAGAAGUAGAAGUCAAUCACCUCUUGAAGGGAGAGAAAAGAAGUACCAACGUUCUGAUAGAGAUACAAGACCAGACUCUGAUAGAAUUUCAAGACCAAGAGAGGAUAUCAGAACAAAAAGAAGGCGUAGUUUGGAAGAGGAUAAAAUCAGUGACUUCAAGAGAGAGAGGAGCGAUGGACAAGGACCAGAAAAUAGAAAUUUCAGGGGAAGAGGAUAUGGUGGAAGAGGAAGGGGGUUAAAUGGAAGAUCAGAAAGGGAAUCCAAACUUGGUUUUGAAAGAAAUGCUCGAGAUUUUGAAGGAAGAGGUGGAAGAGGAAGAGAUGAGAAACCAAAACUUCGAUUCAAACGACGCCAACCUCUUGAGGGAGAGCAAUGUAAUCAACGUUAUCCUGGUGAAAAAGCUGGUGAACAUGGACCUAGACAUGCAAAGGAAGUGCCACAAGGUGAUCUUCAUUCUCAUCAGGAACCAAAGCCCAUGCCAACUGAUGAUAAUCUUGUUUUUACAAAAGUUAAAGAACCUGAAGGAGUGCCUAGUAAUGAUGCUGAACUUGCUACAGUACCACAGGAACUUACAUUGGAACACAAGGGUGUCAUAUUGGAAGAGGCAAAACGGCGCCUUGACUUAGGGCUUAUAUCACAGGACCAAUACAUUGAACUGAUAGACAAAUUAGCAGAGUUUUAUGAGUUACAAAGGAAACAAGAACUGGAAGGUGCCCAACAGUUUACUGAUGUUCAACUAAAUGAAAGGGAGCCUCAGCAGUUACCAGAUGAGCAUAGACCCCCAGAGUUUGAACAUCAAAGAAAUGAAAGCAUUAGAGGAAGAGGAAGAAUUGGACCUGCUAGGACUAAUGGACCACGGAUGGAAGGUCCCAGACAUUCUCAGAAAGAUGGUCCAUUAAGGAGAGGACCUAGGAUGGAAGAGCCGUGGAGGAGAGAAGGACCUGGAAUGAGAGGAGGGCCAGGAAUGAUGAAUAGACCACCUCCAAUGAGAAUGGAGGGAAGGGAUGGACCUGAUUCUUUUGAGGGCCCUCCAAUACCAGGUAGAAGAAUGAGAAUUGAAGAACCACACUUGGAUCCACAUCAUAUGAGAAGGGACCAUCCACGAAGAGAAGGGUCACCACUCAUGGACUUACCAGGGCCUCCUAAUGAAAAUGGGCCUUGGAGGACUGUAGACCAUGACAGAGUACCUCCUCUUCAUGAUCUGGGACCUCCUAAUCACCACAGGUUUCCAGAAGGGCCUCAUCCAAUGGAUGAGGGACGUCCUGGUCCAUUUUUACCUCAAGGCAGGGAUGCAAGGGAUUUCAGAGGGCCACCUCCAAUUGAUGACUUUCACGGUGGGCCUCCAAGACCCUUUGAAGAGCCAUUUGGUGGAGAGCCUCACCACCCCCCUGACAUGAUACCAAUUGGACACGGCAGACCAGUGGAACACUUUCAAGGACUUCCAAUGGGCCCUGGUCACCAUGGGCCUCCUCAUGAACCACCAUUACAACCUAUCCAAAUGGCUGGCUCUCCUCUUAGACAAGGUACUGGAACCCCUCCACCUCUAGCUGACCCACCAACUCCUUCCAGAAUGGAAAAGAAAACUGUAGAUGAUCUCUUCUCCAGAUUAGUCCAUGCUGGUAUUAUUAAAGUAACUGAAGAAAGAAUAGCUGAUACUCCACCAAGAAUAGGAACCCCGCCCAUUUCUAUACCCAUUCAACCCAUCCUCCCAGCACAGCCCAUCCCUGUAUCACAACCAGGACAUAUUCCUCCUAUACAUCUUCCUAUACAACAGCAACCACUUCCAGUUGCUCAGCCAAUAAUUCCAUCCAGUAAAGUUGUGGUACCAUCAUUACCUAGUCAAGCAGUUCCAGUUGUUUCACAAGCAGCAACAUCCAGCUUAAACUUACUGCAAGAGAUGAUUGAAAAAUCCAAAGAGGCUGCUACAAAAAUACCACAAAUUGGUCUGAAAAAUCUAGAUGACUUAAGAAAGCGUCAUAUUGGUAUCAUCAACAUGCUCUAUGAAGGAACACAGUGUUCAUCAUGUGGCCUACGAUUUGCUGGUGAAGCUGCAGCAUUCUACAGAGAACAUUUGGAUUGGCACUUUAGAAGAAAUCGAAGAGAAAAAGAUGGAAGGAGGAUUGCCCACAAACAGUGGUACAUUCCUCUUAAGGAUUGGCUUGAUUAUGAAGAAAUUACCGACCCCGAAGAAAAAGCUCACAGUUCCUUUUUUGACUCCGAAAAACAUGAGAGUGAUACUAAUGAAACUAAUAAUGUAGAGGCUGAUGGCAGUUGUCCUGUUUUACCUGGUGAUAAAGAAACUGAAACAAAAUGUGAUGUUUGUCAGGAAAAAUUUGAUUUAUUUUGGGAUGAAGCUAAUGAGGAAUGGCGCUACAAAGAUGCUGUUAGAAUUGCUGGAAAGACAUACCAUGAUUUGUGUUAUCAAGAUGCUAAGUCAACACAUAUGGAAGAAACAGAUCCAGAACCAGAGACAAACACAAGCAAAGAUGCUAUAGAAGAAUUUCCAAAGGCUGAGAAAGAAGACACAGAUAGGGACAAGACAGCAAAACCUGAUACCAAAGAAAGUCAAAGCUCAGUUGAAAUUAAACAGGAGUCCAAAAUGGGUGAGGAUGAAACGAUAAAAGAGGGUAGUGUAUCUAAGGAAGAUGAGGUUUCAGAUAAGGGAAAUGUGUUAAGUAAAGAAAAUGUUGUAGAAGAGGGAGAAAAGGUUGAAGAUCCAAGUAAACAGAGCACUGAAAAGAGUGCUGAGGAAAUAAAAGAAGUGAAAGUUAAUAAAGAUAUUGAUGAUACUGGAAGUAUCAGUGUUAAAGAUGAAACAACCCCUGUCAGUGAAAAAUGAUCCCAUUCACACCACUGGAAAUUGCCUACAACCUUCAGAAGUUUGAAUUAACAAGGAAAUGAGUGCUAGAAAAAAUGGAACAUGAAAAAAUGAAAAAAAUUUCUUGAGAAUUGUGAAAAUUAUGUAAAUUGUUGUAGGACCAAACUUGUUUGUGGAUUGUAAUUGUUUUGAAGACGGAUCAUUGGUACCUGUGAAUUCCAGAUAUACCUAAAUGCAUACACAAUCCCCCAUUCACAUUCCCCCUUGAGAUUUACUCACAUCACUCAUAUUGCUAUUAUCUCCUAUCCUUACCAUACUUGUACUUUACCCUGUACAGAAGAAGAUUCAAUAAAGAUUAUCUUCAACAACCACUUUGUGAGGGUUGUGUCUAUAGUAUUUAUUAAUUUUGUAAUUGUAGUAUUUUAAGGGGAAUUGUUGAUCAAUGUAAAUUGUUUCUGAAUAUUGUUUUAAGAGUUCUUCACUCAAGAUUAUCCAUUCUUCGGCAGCUUCAAAGCCAGUACAUUUUAUUUGUUUGUAAUAGCUAGCAGUUUUUGCUCUUUGUUAAAUAUGUAUACAAGUAUGCUUAUAUCUAUACAUUAUUAUAAAAAGAUUUAGAUUUAAAAUUGGUCUAAUAAUUUCAGGGUGCAUCUGCUUUUAUUAGGCUAAUUCCAUUUUGGUUAUUGCAUUUAUCAUGGGAGAAACAAUUUACCAAUUCAGGUUCUUGAAUACUGUAUACAAUAUUUUUCAAGGACAGUGUGAUUUAUGUUAAGAUAAUUAGUUGUUUCAACCAAUGAAAUUGUAUGUUUUCAAGACAUGAAGAGUUGGACAAAUAAAGCACUUUGAAGACCC